ACCCUGCGUUUUCUUUUGUUUUGAUAUCGCAGAGCAUCACUUGGGCCCAUCAAACCUCGACUUUCCCCUCUUCAUUUACAGGUGACACGGUCCUAAACGACGCAUGGAGAAUGUUUCAAAACCGUUGGUCUCACAGCCUCUCUAAUAACGGGUCGUCAGUCAGUACAUCCAGCAACUGAGUGUGUGUUUUCCUUUCUGGGACAUUUGGAAAAGGCAGCAAAGGAGGACUGUGCAGAUCUUUCAAUGGGCGAAGAGAAGCCUGAGACGCUGGAUUUUGUAAAGGACUUUCAGGAGUACCUGAGUCAGCAGACCCAACAUGUCAACAUGAUAUCUGGCUCAGUCAUUGGAGUAAAGGAGAGUGGAGACCUCCAAGGAGAACUUGGUCAGAAUGGCCUGGAGCAUCCAGCAGUGGAUAUGUCCUUAGAAGAUAGUUCAGGGAUGUUGGUGGAUGGCUUUGAGAGAACAUAUGAUGGCAAACUCAAGUGCCGCUACUGCAACUACGCCACCAGGGGUACCGCACGGUUGAUCGAGCACAUUCGCAUCCAUACAGGUGAAAAACCCCACAGAUGCCACUUGUGUCCCUUUGCCUCAGCAUACGAGCGCCACCUAGAGGCGCACAUGCGCUCUCACACGGGCGAGAAACCUUACAAAUGUGAGCUCUGCUCCUUCCGUUGCAGUGAUCGCAGUAACCUUUCUCAUCACCGUCGUCGUAGACACAAACUCCUGCCCAUGAAGGGUGCACGCUCCUCUCUCUCUCACAGAAAGAUGCUUAGUGUUCUGCAGAAGAGAGGAGGCUCUCUAGGUUAUGGCCGACGGCUGCUCAUCAACCUCAGCCCACCGUCCAUGGUGUUGCAAAAGCCCAGCUCUGAGCAGCACCAGUUGGGUGACUUUGAUCAUGAUCUCCCUUCUCACGCCCACCUCCAUCAGGAGGCUUAUAAUGGUCUAGAGAAGGAUCCACAAACUAGUGGAGCAAUUGGAGGUGGCUCCAGGGAGGACCAGGACUUUGCAUUGGAUAACCCAUUGAACCAGCUUUCUACUUUGGCAGGUCAACUUGCCAGCAUCCCACCAGAAGCUCAGGGAGCCCCAGUAUCUCCUGGAGCAGAAUCUCUACCAGAUGAGAAACCCACAUUCCUUGUCCAGCAGCCUGUUACGGCACCCGCUGCCGUCUCUGUCAGUGCGGCCCAGGCUUCUUCACCCAUCACCCCUGAACCCAGACCAGCUGCACACAGUGGCUGCAGCCCAGGGGUGGGACCAUGCAGCGAGAGAACCAGCACUCCCAGCGGCACCAACAGCCAGCCAGGGACACCCACUCCAAUACAGGAUCCCCAGAUGCUGCACCACUGCCCCCACUGUCACAUAUAUUUCCCUGACAACAUCCUCUACACCAUUCACAUGGGCUGCCAUGGUUACGAGAACCCUUUUCAGUGUAACAUAUGUGGACACAGAUGCAGAAACAGCUAUGACUUUGCUUGUCACUUUGCAAGAGGCCAUCACAAAUAGUGACACAGCAACCGGUUUGGUUGUUGCUUGCCUCUUCUUUGUCCCAUUAUAGAAUAAUGGAAUUCUGGUAUCUGGAACAUUCCAAAGACAAAAUUGGAUGACCCUGCUAUGUGUAGCUUAAGUUGUUUAAAAAUGUUUAUUUAACUGAUAUUGAUAUGUUAGGCUAAAAAAUGUGAACCACAUUUGUAGUGUAAAUUUGGAUCUUUUAAAAGUGUAGAAAUGUGGAUGCUGAUUUUUAAUGGUUUAAAAUUCAUCUCAAAUUUCUCCAAUUCAAGAUCCUGAAAAUUUAACUAACUUUGCAGUCACUCAGAACACACCCUAAUAGAUUUGACCUCAGUUCUCUCUUAUAAGUGCCAGAAAUCAGUAAUCAGUGCCUGCAGUUAUUUUCUAAAAGUUUAGAUUUGAUUGAAAGUUAGACUUGCGUUAGAAUUUCUUUAUUAGUAUUAUUUUUUUACAUUUGGAAUUUACAUUGACAUAAAAGAUUUGAUGGGAUGUGUGUGUGUGUGUGUGUGUGUGUGUGUGUGUGUGUUAGUAAAAUGACAUUGCCACAUUUAAUAAUUAGGCUCUUCUCAUAUCAUAAAUAAUGAUUAAAACAUUAUUACUUGCCUAUUGGUUAAGAGAGCUGCAUUAUUUUAACUUAAAUCGACAUGGUUGUGAUUGAAAAUUAAAUUGUAUAGCACAGGUAAGUUGGCUGUUUAUAGCAGUGAGAAAUAGUGUCCCACGAGAUUGUUGUCCAAAUUUUUCAUUUUACUGUAGUGGCCCAGGAUCCUGUCCUUCCUUAGCACCAUAGCUGAUGGCUGUAUACACUGGUUUUGUAAAGCAGUGUUGAUGACUGUGUUAAGUUUAAAAACUCUGUUUUCUAUAUCUCUUUCAUUCUCUCUCCUGCAUUACUACCACCAGUGCCAUUCUGUAGAUGUUAUUCGUAAUGUUUUUGGAAAUGUCUGUGGUGCUACAAUUAAACUUUUCAUAUGCCUGUCUGCAUAAUGAACUAAAUUAACAGAUAAGUAUUGUAUAACAUGUUAUGGUGGAUUUGAUGUUGAAUGUCAAUAAACCUGAAUAAUUGCA